AAGGUUAGAUGAAUGAUACAAACAAUAACAAUUAAAUAUUGUUCCAACAACACUAUAAAUGCAGACGAUUAUAUGAAUUCUUACAAGUACCAAGUAACUAAAAUUGAUCGAAUACCAGAAAUGGCAAACAAGGUAGAAACCCUAGUUGCUAGCUCUCCAAUCACAUGCCCAGCUGAUAAAUUCUACAAUUUCUUCAAGUUCACCAUGAACGACAUUGUCAAAAUAUUUCCGGCCGCCUUCACCGGUGUUGAGAUCAUUGAAGGAGAGGAAGGGGUCGCCGGCUCCGUCAAGCUCUGGCACUAUAUUCUUGGAGGGAUUCCAUUAACGGCGAAGGUUUUGACAGAGGCGAUAGAUGAUGGUGCAAAAACCAUCAAAUUUGCUGUUUUGGAAGGAGAUCUUUUGCUACUGUACAAGAGUUUUAAGGCGACUCUUAGUGUGAGUGAGGGUUCGGUAAAAUGGACGUUUGAGUAUGAGAAAACUACUAUUCUCUCUCCACCACCGGAACUGUAUGUUCCUCUCGCCGUCACUCUUUGCACUCUCGUGGAUGCCUUUCUUCUCAUCAACUAAAUUCAACCCACGUAUUCUCGUACCUGCGUCUUAUGUGUUGGAUCUACAUGUGGCUUGUAUUAAUUUAGGUAUAUGAUGGAUCUACUUCAUCGUUUGAUCAUCAUGUAUAUUGAAUAAAAGUUUGCCUUUUCUUGGAA